UCAUCCUCACCAUCACCAGCAAAAAAAUCCCCAAUUCUACAAAAAAAUCCCCCCAGUUCCUAAAACCCUAGGAAGAAAAAAAUCCCGUCCGAUGGCGCCGAAGGCCGACAAGAAGCCCGCGGAGAAGAAGCCGGCGGCGGAGAAGCCUGACGAGGAGCCGAAGGCGGAGAAGAAGGCGGAGAAGGCCCCCGCGGGGAAGAAGCCCAAGGCCGAGAAGAGGCUGCCGGCGUCGAAGGAAGGGGGAGGGGACAAGAGCGGCAAGGCGAAGAAGAAGAGGAAGGCGAAGAGCGUGGAGACGUACAAGAUCUACAUCUUCAAGGUCCUGAAGCAGGUCCACCCGGACAUCGGGAUCUCGAGCAAGGCGAUGGGGAUCAUGAACUCGUUCAUCAACGACAUCUUCGAGAAGCUGGCCCAGGAGGCCUCCCGCCUGGCCCGCUACAACAAGAAGCCCACCAUCACCUCCCGCGAGAUCCAGACCUCCGUCAGGCUCGUCCUCCCCGGGGAGCUCGCCAAGCACGCCGUCUCCGAGGGCACCAAGGCCGUCACCAAGUUCACCAGCUCCUGAACCGUUGGGCUCUGGAUCGUCGUUUGGAAUUCUUCGGGGGUCUUGGGUUUCUUCGCUUUUUGGUUGCUUGAAUCGUUGUUUUGUUUUUGUCUUGUUUGGAAAUAGUAGGCUUAUUAUUGUGGUGGGUGGGUGGUAGUUUUAUGUAAUAUAAAGUCGGCUUUGAAAUGAAGUAUCUUGAUUAGUAUGAUAUGUCUACUUAUGUUGUC